CCGCGUGACGUCACUUGUUUUGUUUUUCAUGGCGGGAGGGUGUUUCAGCCAACUUAGACUGUGUCCUGGCUGUCGAGGCUAAAACAAAGUGACUUCUUGCGAUUUAACGGCCUCGAUAACCUUUUCCUCGUUCAAAUGUUUGGUUCAGGUGGCCGAUUUAUUUAGAAAUAAAAGCGUUGCGAGUUAAUACGGCCAGGCUUGCUAACGUUAGCUAAGGAAACUGCUCCUGGUUUGACAGCUGGCUUAACGUUUGAUUAGUGCGAUGGAGAGUUCAUUGGUAAAAGACAACCCACUGCUUUUACCUCUCAACAAGGAAAAAACUAUCUACGACGGAUUCAUUACAGUCCAGGAACGGGACUUCAGAUUGAGAAUACUACUACCACCAGAUGGCCAAGUUAAACGGGCCAGGCUGCACUGCUGUUGGCAGUUAAAACACCUGUUGCACGGGUAUGAGCACAUAGUGAAGCAGAGGCUGCAGCAGUCGGCUGAUCUUGUCAGUUUCAUUCUGGAGCUGAAGACUGUCUUGGAAGUGGGUCUGAAGAGCCGCCGUGAGUGCCGCUCCAUCCCGCCUCCACAGUAUUACUCGCAGCUCAUCUCUGAGAUGGAGACCCUUGGGUGGGGCAAGCUGCUCUUCAUAGACGCAGAGUUCCGAACGUUGAGGCUGAAGGCGGAGGACUCCUCUGGAAGGCAGCACACUCUCACUGUUAAACUCAAGUCAAAGCACCCUGCGGAGGCUCCUGAGUGCUCAGCUGACCUGCCACUUCCUCUGGCCAUUACCUGGACACCACAGAGUACUCUGGACCAGCUCCACAGCCAGUUCCUGCUGCUUUUGGAGUCCCUGACAGAGUUCUGGGACGUCCUGGACGAGAUGGACAGUCAGACCUGGAUUCUGGAGCCGGAAAAACCGAGCCGGUCCGACACCAUGAGGCGGAUCGCCAUCGGAAACAACACAUCCAUCAAAGUGGAGGUGGAUCCCAGACACCCUAAGAUGCUGCCAGAGUGCUGCCUGCUGGGAGCCGAGCAUGCGGUGACUCCGCUGAGGAACAAGCUGAACGCCAACAUGCACUUGUGGAACCCGGACUCCAGCGUCUUGCACAACCUCCGGGAUGUUUUGGAGAUCGAAUUCCCGUCACCUGCCACCCACGAAAAAUCUAGCUUCAGCGUUGAGUGUGGGAUUUGUUACUCCUAUCGUCUUGAAGCUGCGAUCCCUGAUCAGGUGUGCAAUGACCCUCGCUGUGGCCAGCCCUUCCACCAGGCCUGUCUGUACGAGUGGCUGCGAGCGCUCCCCUCCAGCAGGCAGAGCUUCAACAUUGUUUUUGGAGAGUGUCCUUACUGCAGCAAGCCCAUAACUGUGAGAAUGGCAGCCCAGAAGUCCUGAGAAGUGGCAACCGCUUGACAGACGGUGCUGAAACUAGUAGAUCUCUGAACGCUUUCUUCUUCAAAAGGGUUUAAAUGCAAUUUGGCAAACAUCAAGAGCAGCAUACAGGAAAAGGAAGACCCCCACAAAGACAAACCAGGAGAACAGUCCUGUCCUCUGCGUGGGACCAGCUUCCUGUUCAGCAGAACAUUCACCAGCGCUGCGUCUGGGAUCAUAAGACUGUCCAUGGCCGUACCCUGCUCUGUGGUGGAGCACUCUCUGGUGAAUGUGAGGGGAAUCACAGUCCUCCUCCAGCUUCAGACCUGCCCACCCCUGGUUCACAUACUCAUUGGAGGGGAGCAGCAUUUCCUCCCUGAAGUCCAUGUGUGUUUGAUCCUUGGUGUCACAGUUUGUCAAUAUGUGUUUUCUCCUUUGCCAGUGGAGUCGUUGUUCCUUUCUCUCUGAGGUCACGGAGAAGGCGUCGGUUGUUUUGCCGCUCCAUUUAGUUUGAGCUUUCUGUUAAAGAGGGUAAGUCAAGUGUUUGCUCUUUGAGAACCGGCAGUAACCUGAACAACUCGACUGUAAUCAAUGUAAAAGAUUGAACAUUUUAAGUGUUUUAAAACAUCUUUACAAAGGCUUAUUGACCAUAAAGUAUUUGGUUAGGAGCCAUCUCCUCUAAAACAAAGUCAUUAAUGUAUUUUUACACCGCAAAUAAAAAGUAUUCACACGGA